GAAGCGUAGAAAAGGCAAAAAUGAGCACUCUGUGCAAUGCCUAGAAUAAAAACAUGCAAUUUGUGGGAAGAAGACGCUUUGUACGCCGUUGCAUGGAUAAAUUGAAGAAUCCUUUGUCCGUUUUUAUAAUCGGAUAGAUCCUGAAAAACAGGCGCUGCUGUUUAGUCUAAAUGUAGAAUUCCAAAACGCGUCUUUAAUUCUAGGUUUAUUAUCCGCUAUUUUCCGUUACACGUGAAGGUAGAAAUCAUUGAUCGGUUCAUAUGAUUAUUAUUAUAUCGGCCUAUUCGUUUUUCAGCUGAUUGUAUUUAUUUUGAAUAAUUCUUUUGAUGGUAGGCUAUAUUACAUCUCGAUCCCCGAGGAACGUGCGAGCAUUAUUCAUGCAUUACUGAAUUUCCAUGUAUCUCAAACUGGGCCACGUUUUCUUUUAAACAAGUUUUAAUCUCUGAGAUUAUUUCUCGUUUAUUGGAUGGACUCCGGUCGUAACCCAGGAUGGGAACUGUUGUGCAGCAAUGCGCUGCAACUGGACUCAACAAGCUCCUUAGCAGGGUGGAGCGGGAAUGGGCCAAAAGUUCAUGGACCGACGGACAUGUGACGAGCACCAGGAUGAUGAGCCAAAAGAAGCCUUUGCAUCCCCAGAUGAUGACCCCAAAUCUGGACAACACUCACAUUCCCACCUCGUCAGCAGACAAGAAGCAGCAGAGAAGACAGAAGCACAAACCAAACAUUCCUUCAGUCAAACACAACACCAACACCUCUGAACUCAGCCCUCAGGGCCAGUUUGACCCUCCUUCACUGCCCUUCUCCCUGUUAUCAGCUGUGGAUGGAAAGGAGAGGAGGGAGAGGAGGGAGCAGCAGCAGGAAGCUCAGGUACCUGGAGCGGCUACUACUGCUGGAAUGGCUUCGGAUCCAGACGGUUCAGGAGGAGAGUGGGAGAGUGUCCUCUGCUCCAACCAGUCGCUGCUGUUCCCACCACGGUGCACCCUCCCUCCACGGGAGACUCAGCUCGCCCAAGUGCAUCCUCCAGUGCCAGAGAGCAUUCCCUCUUACUCUCCUCUCGUCCCUGUCUCACCCUUCCUCUGCCCCGCUCUCUGGCUGCCACGCUCGCUACCCACCCUGUACUGGGGCCUGCCGCUCACACACCCAAAACAGCCACACCUCCCCUCGCCUCCCCCCCCUCGCCUCCCUCUCGGACCACCGGGGCCGCGUCUCCCUCCCCAAGAGGAGUUACAGUGAGAGUCGGGUCCACUCUGCUGAGAAGGCCUCUGGGCGUCAGAGGUGUGGGAGCCCUGAAAUGGGGAUCGGCCACCUGAAACGCAUGCAGGCUUUUGGGAACAUCCGUAACCCUGUAGCCGUUAGUCCCACCAGAAGGCAGAGGUCAUCAUCUUUAGUCAGGGACCCCAGUUUUGGGUCAGGGUCUGGGUCAGGAUCUGGGACUCCCAGAGGACAGCACUGGACUGGGUCAGGAUCUGGGACUGGGACUCCCAGAGGACAGCAAUGUGCUGGGUCUGGAUCUAGUGGUGCCCUCUAUGAAGUCUCCAGUAGCGAGAGGAGAAGGAGAAGUGAAUCUGAGCGAAGGAGAGGGACUGGGUCUGGGUCAGGGACUGGGUGUGAGGCUUGGGAAAGGGCUAUGGAGAGGGCUGGGUUUGGGACCGGGUCUGGGUCAGGAUCUGGGACUCCCAGAGGACUGCACUGGACUGGGUCUGGGUCUGGGACUGGGGCUUGGGCUUGGGCUGGGUCUGUGGCUGGGGCAAGGGCUAGU